ACGCGUGAUUGGGUAGAACUUUAUGAGAGUGGACCAAUCCAUGCGGCUGAAAUUUGUAAUCAAACGUUCAAAUCCCCAGUCCAAGCGUUCUUUCCCUGCGAGCAAUUUCUUAUUUAGCUAGCUAAACAUUCGUGUUUUCUCUUUAUUUUCAACAAUCGCAUAGGAUGAGUCAUUGAGGCCAACAGUUGGAAAUCUGCUGUACAGAAGUAACGACUGUUAUCUACAAAACAAAGUAUAACGUUACCGGUGGAGCAGAGAGAUGCCUUUCUCAAGAGGAAAGAACCCCUCUUCCAUCAAAGUUCCUGGAAAAGGAUCAUUAGGUGUGAUGGAGAAUCAGGAGGGUGUUCUCAGUAAGAGGUCUUCUCCACCGGGUGGCGUAAAGAAAAGGUCUGCCUUUGUUGACAUCACUAAUGCCACCAAGAUUCAAAUGAACAACCAGACCAAGAUUGGGAAGCCUGCCAAGAAGGCACUUAGGAGCAAAGAAGCUGCCAAGAAUGAAGCUAAUCUGAAAGAACUUAAAGCUGUGUGCUCUAAUGGGCAAUCUAUGAAGUUGGAGGUGGGCCUAUCCCCAGAGAAAGACCUGGUGGUUUGGCCACAGGGGGAGACUACUCUUUGCCCAGGGAGACAGGUGGUGCCUGACGAGUUUGACAUUGACAAGGAAUUCUAUGGUGACGUUUCCAUGAGCGCCGAGUAUGCCAAGGAAAUAUUUGACUACCUGAGGGAGAGAGAGGAGAAGUUUGUUUUAAAGGAUUACAUGAACAGUCAGCCGGACUUGAACAAAGACAUGAGAGGGAUUCUGGUGGAUUGGAUGGUUGAACUUCAGGAAAACUUUGAGCUUAACCACGAGACCCUGUACCUGGCAGUAAAGCUGAUGGACCACUACCUGGCCUGCAGCGUCAUCAUGAGGGAGAGCCUGCAGCUCAUUGGCUCCACAGCCAUGCUCAUCGCCUCCAAGUUCGAGGAACGCACUCCGCCAUGCAUUGAUGAUUUCCUGUACAUCUGCGAUGACGCCUACAACCGGGAAGAGAUUAUUGCCAUGGAGAUAAACAUCUUGCAGGCACUGCGGUUUGAUAUCAACAUUCCAGUCCCAUACCGCUUUCUCCGACGCUAUGCCAAGUGUGUGAGCGCCAGCAUGGAGACCCUGACGUUGGCUCGCUAUGUGUGUGAGCUGAGCCUUCUGGAGCUGCAGCAGGUUCCUGAGAGAGGCUCUCGCCUAGCUGCUGCCUGCCUGCUCCUGGCCCUCAUCACUAAAGGCCUGGGAGGAUGGACAACCAUGCUAGAGUACCACACUGGCUACACUGUGAAGGAGCUAACCCCCCUGGUGAAGAUGCUGCGCACCAUGCUAGCCUGUCCUACUGAUGACAAGCUGACAGCCGUCACUACCAAGUAUUCCCACAAAGUGUUCUUUGAGGUAGCGUGUAUUCCCUUGGUGGCUGUCCAGACACUAGAAGAUGCUCUGAUAGAGCAGCAAGUCUCCUAAGUGAACCACAGGAGAGGAACUCUGUCUGCUAAUAGUGUAAAUAGGUUAUUUAUUUGUAUGUCAUAUAUUUGUUGUCUCCUUGUAGAGGAAAAUGUUUACAAAUCAACAAGAGCACAAUCUGUUGAAUUUGUUUUAGAGUAGUUAUUUUUUACACUAAUAGAGAAUGUCAACCAGACAAUAGGGUUUAACAAUGGGUUUUUUAUGUAGCAUUCUAGAUUUCUCAAGGUUUUGAAUGAACUCAAUUAUCCAGUUGUUAAUUGACACUUGAGAGAUUAAAUAUCUGUGUACUGUA